AUGGCGUUCCCCAGACCGGGAAUCAACGUUCUGGGCCUUGUUCCGGAGUGGGCUGGGGUUCGGGCUGUUGGGGAAAUACACGUGGAUACAGCUGAGAGGAGAGACACGCUGUGGGGAUACACAAGGGGCUGGGGAGGGGAGAGAGGAGAAAAAGCAGGAUUCUUAAUUUUAGAUGGCAGUCCUAGUAUGGAGUGUGAGAGAAAAACUGAAAAUUCGACUUUCUUUAAUCUUCCAGAUGUUGGGGAAAUCUAUUCAAGACUACUGGAUCACAGACCAGUAAUUCAGGGAGAAAUACGUUACUUUGUUAAAGAAUUUGAAGAAAAACGUGGCCUCCGAGAACUACGAGUACUUGAAAAUCUAAAGAACACAAUCUUUGAAACGAAUGAACACGUUCUUCCGAAGUGUGAGCAGGCAAUGCACGACAAUUUGAAUGAAGCAUUCAAGAGAUUGCAAGCUGCCAACGAUAUGAUCCGUAGACUGCAAGAGAAGGAACAUGAAGAGAGGAAGCUUCAGGCAGACAAGCGGGUGGCUCGUGAAGAGAAAUGCGUAGCCCACUGGGAGGAAUUCAUGAAAGAACAACAAAGCAAACAAGCGGAGGUAGAUGAAGAACACAGAAAAGCUAUGGAGCGCCUUAAAGAGCAGUAUUCUGACAUGGAGAAGGAACUGGCCAAAUAUGCUUCUUUUUAA